AUGAGCAGCAUCAACGCCCUCCUCAACACCGAAGGCGCGGCCCCGGGGCGGCGUGAGAGCCUGUCCGAGCCCACGCCACACACGCCACACACCACCCACACCACACACCCGACACACACCACACACACCACACACACCGCGCACACGCCACACACGAAACACACCACACACACACCACACACACCACACACGACCACGUACGAGGCCGCCGACGCCCUCACCACGCUGGCCACGCUGGGCAGCGGCCAGCAGUACGCCCCGACACCGCCGCCCACCCGCGACCUGCCCUCGCCCACGGGCCCCAGCACUCGCCAGCUGCCCUCGCCCACGGGCCCCAGCACCCGCGACCUGCCCUCGCCCACGGCCCCCAGCACCAGCUUUGCCUCCCACCACGCCCACCACGCCCCCCUCGAGCCCUCGCCGCCCAUGGACCCGCCCCAGCCCCGCUCGCCCACCCUCGACCACUACCACCACGCCUCGCGCUCGCCCCAGGAGCAGAAGCGCCGCCAGUCCCUGCGCACCGACCCCGCCCCCGUCCUCGCUCCCAUCCAGCACCUGUCCUCGGCCCUGCAUCGCCACACCGACGAUGCACCGCCCGCCUCCGAGCCCACCGUCAAACACGAGCCCACCGUCAAACACGAGCCACGCGAUCCCACCCCCGCCCGCCCACUCCACCCCCCCGACCGUCAGACCUCGCCGCCCGCCGACGCCAUCGACGCAGACACGCGCAAGGCCAUCGACGCCGCAAAGGCCAGCGACCUGGGCCUGCGCACAAAGCGCACCGCGAGCGUCGCCGAGAGCCUCGCCUCCGCCACCGACGCCACGCCCGCCUCGGCCCCCUCGAAGAAGCGCCCUGCCCCCUCGUCCGCCUCGGCCGUCAAGAAAAAGGGCACCGCCAAGACCACAAAACCCUCCCACAAGAAGCGCAGGAUCGACGACCACGACACAACCCGCUCCCUCACACCCACCGCCAAGAACAGAAAAGGCUCGCACGCAGGCACCCCCGCCCUCCACUCCUCGCCCGCCCCCGACGACGCCCACGCCCACGCCCACGCCCACGAUGACGACGACGACGACCUCGACUCGUCCGAGGACCACAACCUCUACUGCAUCUGCAAGAAGCCAGACAACCACAGGUGGAUGAUUGGCUGCGACGGCGGCUGCGACGACUGGUUCCACGGCGACUGCGUCAACAUGAAGCAGGCCGACGAGGGCCUCGUCGACAAGUUCAUCUGCCCGCUCUGCGAAGACGCCGGCCGAGGCAACACCACCUGGAAGCCCAUGUGCAGGCGAGACGGCUGUCGGAGGCCAGCCCGCCUCACAAAGGGCCAGGGCAGCAAGUACUGCUCCGACGACUGCGGCCUCCUCUUCAUGCAGGAGCAGCUGCAGCGCACCGCCGGCGCAAAGGGCGCCAACGGCCAAAAGGACAAGGCGAGGAAGAAGAAGAAGCCCGCGCCCCCCGAACACGACGCCCGCCACGACGCCCGCCACGACGAGGAAGAGCCCACGCCCCUCGGCGGCGUCCUGCGCGCAAAGGACCUCAAAGCCCUCAUCGACGCCUCGCCCAACAUCCAGGCCUUCAAGAACCUCGGCUCCGGCGUCCUCUCCCCCCCGCACACCGCCUCCCCCACACGCACCACCUUCACCGCCAACCCCGACGACCUCGCCCUGACCACCGCCGAGACGGAGCGCCUGACCGCCCUGCACAACGAGAAGAGCCAGCUGAACACCCAGCUCGACGUGCUCAAGGACCGCGAGAAGUUUGUCAGCAUGGCCAAGGAGCAGGCCACGCGCGUAGCCGACCGCGAGAAGAUGAAGCUCAAGGACUUUUGCGGCUACGACGCCCGCCUCAGCUGGUCCGACGCCGAGUUUUUGCUGUGGCGCAACUCCAAGCACGGGCGCGCCGCCUUCCACUUCUCCACCCUCUCCCCGACCCCCGAGCAAAUCAGCUCCGUCGACGCCGACCUGGACGUGCGUGUCGACACGAGGGAAAGCGUGUGUCUGAAGAAGCGCUGCGCCAAGCACCCGCAAUGGCAGAAGCUGAACCUGCAGGACGCCCGCUUCGAGGAGCUGGAAGUCGUCGAGGCGAUCCGCGAGUGCGAGAAAGAAGAGCGCAGCGUCCGCGAGCGCGCCCGUCGCCGCAACGCAAAGGACACCAUGGCCAAGGAACUCACCGCCGGCGACGGGCGGGAAGAAGUCCGGAAUCGCGAGGGCUGGGUCGAGGUCGUGGCUACAUGA